AUUGUAAAUUAAUCAAGUUUUUCUUUGGAAUGCAGGUAUUAAUUGAUUUAUGGAAACAAAUUACAUUAAGGACAAACUCGUCGCAAGAAUCCCAUAAAAACUUGAAAGAAGUUGAAUUAAUCCAGAAGAUUAGUAACUUCUUGAAGGAUAAGGAGUGUUUAAUUAUCUUCGAUGAAAUCACCGAAGGUAUUCUUGACAGUGAUACUCUGCAAAAAAUUCUCCCGGAAUUAUCCAAGGGAAGUCGUGUCAUCUUCACUGCUAGAGAAGAUGAUGAAUUUCCAAUCAAAUUGACAGAGGAACAGAAAAAAAAUUUUGUGAAAAUUAGCGAAUUGAAUGGGGGUGAUUGCUAUGACUCGUUCAAAGAGAAGGUCCUGGUUCACAAAAUAGAGGAAAAGGAUCUGGUUCACAAAAUAGAGGAACCUUCUCCAGAAGAUCGAAGGGCGAUUGUGGAAAAGACUGGUGGAAUUCCCCUGGCGGUUGUAUUGUUUGCAGGAGUAGUGUCUUACACACCGUCAGCAAGAUGGUCGGAUGUGAUCAAGCUGGAGUAUGAUUACGAAUGGCAGUUCAAUUACAUGGGACACUUGACAUUAAGCAUUAACAAAAAGCUCAGAAACAUACUGAUUAUGAGCUAUGAUCUGCUUCCAAACCCUCUGAAACCCCUGUUUCUUUAUCUUUGUCUAUUUCCAAAAUCAUUCGAGAUACCUUUCCGACGGCUUAUGCUUUUAUGGAUGGCAGAGGGGCUGUUACCAGCUGGAGAAAUUGAGCCUGAGGAGCAAGCUAGAGCUUACUUCAUGGAGUUAGUUUACCGGAACAUGAUUGAAGUGGCAAAAUGGAGUUUGGACGGUAGCCCCAAAACUUGUCAAAUACCGAGUAUAUUGUACGAUGUUUUCUCUCAGAAAUCUUUGCAUUUAGGAUUUUUCUACGCCCAUAAACAUUCAAACGGUGAAGGAGAUUACAGACAGCUGUUAAAGGUCAGGCGGUUGGCCGAGUACCAGGACGUCAAGAAUUAUCCUUCCACGGAUCUCAAUACCCCACAUGUUCGUUCCUAUGUAUGUUUUGACAUCCGGCAUCACGACGUACCUAAUCAAGAAACAGGUAAAUAUCUUAACAAAAUGGUCGUCAGAAGAGGUUUUGGACUUCUUAGGGUGCUUGAUUUGGAGGGGGUUUUUAAGCCACUUUUACCAGAGACGAUAGGGAAGAUGCUGCAUUUGAAGUACUUUGGAUUGAGAUGGACGUUUCUAGAUUCACUGCCGUUAUCUCUAGGCAACCUGCCAAAUUUGGAGGCUCUAGACUUUAAGCAUACCUAUAUACAUACCUUGCCGCCUUCCAUUUGGAAGGCAGAGAAGCUUCGUCAUCUGUAUAUGAACAACAUUUAUCUUGAUAAGCCUAUACCGGAGCUCUCCGUGCAGUCUUUAAUCCAGUUUAAGACAUUAUCAGGGCUGAUUUUGGGCGAUGAAAGUCCCUUGAAGGAUGGUUUGAACCAGUUAAAAGGUCUUUGGAAAUUAAGUCUAACAUACUAUUCAAUAAUCAAUGUUGAAACAGAGAUGUUCAAGUGGAUCUCCCAUCUCUCUCAUCUUGAAUCACUCAAGUUAAGAUCAAUUGAUGAAUCUGGUGAACCUUCGAAACUUAAUUUGGAUAAAGUGAGAAUGCCUGUGAGCCUCACCAAGCUGUAUUUGUUCGGUUCAUUGCAAGCAACUGACAUCAAAUUUCCACGGCGAAUCAAAGUUCUAACUCUGUCACUCUCAGGAUUAAAGGAAGACCCAAUGCCAAUCUUAGGGCAGCUGGAAGAGCUAAAAGUCCUAAAACUGUUUGCGAACUCCUAUUUGGGAAGCCUAAUGACCUGUAAUCCUGGAAGUUUCCCGAAACUACGUGUCCUGAAAUUGUGGAUGCUUAAAGAAUUAGAAGAGUGGAGUGUGGCAGAAGGUGCCAUGCCUUGCCUGGAAGAACUAGAAAUCAGGUGCUGUGACAAGUUGAAGAAUGUUCCCCAGCUAAACAGAGUUGCAUCUCUAAAAGAAUUGAUCUUGACAAACAUGCCGGCUUCUUUUGCUUCGGAGGCUAAAAGUAAGACCACGUGUACAUGUGCUGUCUCAGUAAAUCAAUGGACGUUUUCUUCUACUGAGGUAUUAAUUGAUUUAUGGAAACAAAUUACAUUAAGGACAAACUUGUCGCAAGAAUCCCAUAAAAACUUGAAAGAAGUUGAAUUAAUCGAGAAGAUUAAUAACUUCUUGAAAGAUAAGGAGUGUUUAAUUAUCUUCGAUGAAAUCACCGAAGGUAUUCUUGACAGUGAUACUCUGCAAAAAAUUCUCCCGGAAUUAUCCAAGGGAAGUCGUGUCAUCUUCACUGCUAGAGAAGAUGAUGAAUUUCCAAUCAAAUUGACAGAGGAACAGAAAAAAAAUUUUGUGAAAAUUAGCGAAUUGAAUGGGGGUGAUUGCUAUGACUCGUUCAAAGAGAAGGUCCUGGUUCACAAAAUAGAGGAAAAGGAUCUGGUUCACAAAAUAGAGGAACCUUCUCCAGAAGAUCGAAGGGCGAUUGUGGAAAAGACUGGUGGAAUUCCCCUGGCGGUUGUAUUGUUUGCAGGAGUAGUGUCUUACACACCGUCAGCAAGAUGGUCGGAUGUGAUCAAGCUGGAGUAUGAUUACGAAUGGCAGUUCAAUUACAUGGGACACAUGACAUUAAGCAUUAACAAAAAACUCAGAAACAUACUGAUUAUGAGCUAUGAUCUGCUUCCAAACCCUCUGAAACCCCUGUUUCUUUAUCUUUGUCUAUUUCCAAAAUCAUUCGAGAUACCUUUCCGACGGCUUAUGCUUUUAUGGAUGGCAGAGGGGCUGUUACCAGCUGGAAAAGUUGAGCCUGAGGAGCAAGCUAGAGCUUACUUCAUGGAGUUAGUUUACCGGAACAUGAUUGAAGUGGCAAAAUGGAGUUUGGACGGUAGCCCCAAAACAUGUCAGAUGCCGAGUAUAUUGUACGAUGUUUUCUCUCAGAAAUCUUUGCAUUUAGGAAUUUUCUACGCCCAUAAACAUUCAAACGGUGAAGGAGAUUACAGACAGCUGUUAAAGGUCAGGCGGUUGGCCGAGUACCAGGACGUCAAGAAUUAUCCUUCCACGGAUCUCAAUACCCCACAUGUUCGUUCCUAUGUAUGUUUUGACAUCCGGCAUCACGACGUACCUAAUCAAGAAACAGGUAAAUAUCUUAACAAAAUGGUCGUCAGAAGAGGUUUUGGACUUCUUAGGGUGCUUGAUUUGGAGGGGGUUUUUAAGCCACUUUUACCAGAGACGAUAGGGAAGAUGCUGCAUUUGAAGUACUUUGGAUUGAGAUGGACGUUUCUAGAUUCACUGCCGUUAUCUCUAGGCAACCUGCCAAAUUUGGAGGCUCUAGACUUUAAGCAUACCUAUAUACAUACCUUGCCGCCUUCCAUUUGGAAGGCAGAGAAGCUUCGUCAUCUGUAUAUGAACAACAUUUAUCUUGAUAAGCCUAUACCGGAGCUCUCCGUGCAGUCUUUAAUCCAGUUUAAGACAUUAUCAGGGCUGAUUUUGGGCGAUGAAAGUCCCUUGAAGGAUGGUUUGAACCAGUUAAAAGGUCUUUGGAAAUUAAGUCUAACAUACUAUUCAAUAAUCAAUGUUGAAACAGAGAUGUUCCGUUGGAUUUCCAGUCUCUCGCAUCUUGAAUCACUCAAGUUAAGAUCAAUUGAUGAAUCUGGUGAACCUUCGAAACUUAAUUUGGAUAAAGUGAGAAUGCCUGUGAGCCUCACCAAGCUGUAUUUGUUCGGUUCAUUGCAAGCAACUGACAUCAAAUUUCCACGGCGAAUCAAAGUUCUAACUCUGUCACUCUCAGGAUUAAAGGAAGACCCAAUGCCAAUCUUAGGGCAGCUGGAAGAGCUAAAAGUCCUAAAACUGUUUGCAAAGUCCUAUUUGGGAAGUCAAAUGACCUGUGGUCCUGAAAGUUUCCCGAAGCUACGUGUCCUGAAAUUUUGGAUGCUAAAAGAUUUAAAAACGUGGAGUGUGGCAGAAAAUGCCAUGCCUUGCCUGGAAGAACUAGAAAUCAGGUGCUGUGACAACUUGGAGAAUAUUGUUGACCAGCUAAAGAGAGUUAAAUCUCUAAAAGAAUUGAUCUUGACAAACAUGCCGACGCCUUUUGUUUUGGAGGCUAAAAAUAGUAUCAAAUGUACAUGUGCUGUCCUAGUAAAUCAAUGGACGUUUCCUUUUACUGAGGAGCAGCAACAGCCUUCUCCUAGCCCAACCACACAACUUUCCUCCUCUUGAGGAAUCGUGAAUAGAGGUUUUUGUAUAAAUAUGCUUGACCAUGACUUUUUAAUGUUUUAUGAGAAGCCAGAAGUAGAGGCAUUCCAAAAGAUAGAACCUUCAAGGCCUAAAAAGGAAGAUGGGAAAGCAACUGCGUGGAAUCUAGUUGCCUGGAGGAUCCAGUAUUUGUCUAUGUUAGAAACAAAAAAGAAGAAAUAGUUGAAGAAAUGUUUAUUGCUUUA